GGAAGAAGGUAAACAGAGGAAGAAGAGCAACCGUUGUUCACCAUCAUUGUAUCCUCCUAAAGCCUGAUCAUUUUCGUAGUUCCUCGUUAUAUCACGUUGUUAGCCUGCAUGCUUUGAGUAGACUAGCUCGUGGGGAAAGUCGUCUAACGUGAAUAACUGUUUCGCUGAUAUUGGUGGCGCGUUUAUCGCCAUUUUGCGCGUUGAGCGACUCGAAACCAGCAAAAAGAAUGGCCGAAGCAGACCGACCGGGGAAGCUCUUCAUCGGUGGACUCAACACAGAGACCACCGACAAGGCCUUGGAGCAGUACUUCAGCAAAUAUGGCAGGAUCGUCGAAGUACUUCUAAUGAAGGACCGUGAAACAAACAAAUCAAGGGGCUUUGCUUUUGUAACCUUUGAAAGUCCGGCUGAUGCAAAAGAUGCCGCCCGGGAAAUGAAUGGAAAGUCUUUGGAUGGGAAGCCUAUUAAAGUGGAGCAAGCGACAAAGCCUCAGUUUGAGAGUUCUGGCAGACGAGGGCCGCCUCUGCAUUCUCGAAGCCGGGGUCCUCCCAGAGGGCCCCGCGGGUCAAGAGGAGGAAUGAGGGGGCCCCCAUCCAGAGACUACUAUGAUUCAGAAGAUGGAGAUGGCUACUAUAGUCGGAUGUCAUCCAGAGGUCCGCCAAUGAAACGAGGUCCACCAGUUCGCAAUGGGGGUCCUCCACCCAAGAGAUCGGCUCUAUCUGGUCCCAUGAGCAGACCUCCCAUGUCCAGAGACAGGGAUCCCUAUGGCCCUCCACCCCGCAGAGACUCCAUGUCCAGGAGAGAUGAUUAUCCAUCCCCAAGAGAUGACCAUUACAACCCUAAAGAUGGAUACUCCAGCCGGGAUUACAGUUCAAGAGACCGGGACUAUGGACCUCCUCCCAGAGAUUACUCCUACAGAGAAUAUUCUAGUUCUGGCUCCAGAGACGACUAUGGCUCAAUGUCAAGAGGAUACAGCGACCGUGAUGGUUAUGGAGGUGGCAGAGAGCCGAGGGGCUACAUGGAUCGUCCCAGUGGUGGCUCCUACCGAGAUUCCUAUGAUGGUUACGGUAACUCUCGCAGCGCCCCACCCUCACGGGGCCCCCCACCAUCCUAUGGUGGAAGCGGUGGAAGCAGUCGUUACGAUGACUAUGGCAGCAGCUCCAGGGACGGCUAUGGCAGUCGUGACAGUUACCCCAGCAGCCGGAGUGACCCGUACCCUCCGAGCCGUGGAGAGAGAAUGGGUAGGCAGGAAAGGGGCCCCGCCCCCCCUGGCGAGAGAGGCUACCCUCCUCGUGACUCGUAUGGCUCAAGUCGUGGAGGGCCUCGCGGUGGCCGUGGUGGCGGUCGGCCUGAUAGAGGAAUGGCUCGCAACAGAUACUAAAAUGGACUUGGAAGUCUCAUUAAUGCAAACUUUGAUCUUCAUACAUACUUGACACAUGUUUUGGAAGAAAUCUGGUGAAUACAAACAGACAAAAUGUGUCUUAAAUCUGUGACUUAGGAAGCUUAGCUUUGUAUCUUUUACUUUCCCCGUUUAAUGUGUAUUUUUUUUCCCUUUUUUAAUAUAUAGUAUUUCUUUACCUAUGUCACAGUGUAGUUAAGUGUUUUUGUCAGUUCAGUGUGAGUUGAAUCUGCAAUGCCCUAAAUAUGGCUUUCAUACGCUAAUAAAGCUUUUAGUUGAAACUCUA